GAAUCCAGUUCAAAAGAAGAGAAGGCGCGUCACGAAGACAUAACCAUGGAAAGGAAAGCGUAGCUUUCUUCAAUGAAGAGCUUAAAGAUUAUUAUCCCAUAAUUAAUAAUAAUAAUAAUCUCUUUUUCUUCAUCUCUCUAUAUAUUUCCGCCACUUAAAAAGGGAAGGGACAUUACUCCUACUUUCUCUUCACUUGCUCAUUAUCAUCUACUACUGCUGCUGCUACAGAUACACCACUUUCUCUAUUGCACUUCAUCUUUCCUUGUGGUUGUGGAGCUAUAUAAACACUGUCCUUUUUUCUUGUCCGUCUUCAUUGCCUAUAUAACAACAACAAGAAGACAGUUUUUCUCUACCUAAUACUUCUCUUGGUGACCCAUGGAUGAGCUGUACGCUUUCAACUCCGCCCCUACUGAUUACCCUAUGCAGGUGGUGGUGCCGGAGAAUAUGAUUCCUGCUCCUGCUGAUUACCAUGCUUUUCCGUCUCCUGGGGUCUCGUCUUUUCCUGUUGUGGGAUCGGACCAUUUCUUUUCUGGUUCUUCCGUGUCUGACGCUGCUUCCAUGGUGGCUGAGAUGCAGAGAGGUGGUGGUAGUAGUGGUGGUAACGUUGGUUCAGAAGAGGAGGUUUCUAGUGCAAUUAGGGCUAAAAUUGCAUCUCACCCUCUUUACCCGAAAUUGCUUCAAGCUUAUAUUGAUUGCCAGAAGGUGGGAGCACCACCGGAGAUGGCUUAUCUCUUAGAUGAAAUCCGGCAGGAAAGUGACCUUUCCAAGAGGUCCACCGUUGUUCCCUCUUGCUUGGGUGCAGAUCCCGAGCUCGACGAAUUCAUGGAAACUUAUUGCGACGUUUUGGUGAAGUAUAAAUCAGAUCUCUCAAGGCCUUUCAAUGAAGCUACCACAUUUUUGAACGAUGUUGAAGCACAGUUAAAUACCCUCUGCAACAGUUCUUCCAGAACCCAUGUUUCUGAUGAAGCUGUGGGUUCAACGGAUGAGGAUUUGAGCGGAGGAGAGGUAGAGGUAGAGGCAGAGGUGCAGGAUUGUGUACGUGCAAAUGAAGAUCGAGAGCUCAAGGACAAACUGUUACGAAAAUACAGUGGCUACAUAAGUACCCUAAAGCAGGAGUUUUCAAAGAAGAAGAAAAAGGGAAAGCUGCCAAAGGAAGCAAGGCAAAUCCUACUUAACUGGUGGAAUAUUCAUUACAAGUGGCCAUACCCAACAGAAGCAGAUAAGGUCGCUCUCGCUGAUGCAACAGGGCUAGAUCAGAAGCAGAUAAAUAACUGGUUUAUAAAUCAAAGGAAGAGGCAUUGGAAACCAUCGGAGAACAUGCAGUUUGCUGUUGUGGAGAGUAUAUAUGGACCAUUUUUCAUGAAUGACUGAGGACUCGGGGGAUUUUGCUUUAACUUUGGCUCGUUUUUUGUACAUUCUUGGACAAAUUCAAGCUGAUGCUUGCCAAAUCAAGUGCUAAUGCUUAAUUUAUCACUUCAAUUAUCUAACAAUGUAGGUGUUCAAUUC